GCGGUCAUUGACAUGCAUCUUAAGGAGCAACUCAAUCUUGCUGUUGGGGGAAUACACACCACCUCUGCCGUGCUCACCCAGACGCUGUUUGAACUUUCGGCACAUCCUGAGUAUAUUCCAGAGUUGAGGAAAGAGGUGGUUGAUACUUUGGUCAAAUUCGAAGGCGCAUUUUCGAAAGCUGCUUUGUGGGAUAUGCACAAGUUGGACAGUUUCAUUCGGGAAACUCAUCGCCUGAACUCGCCAAAUGAUAUCUUAGCAACUCUACAGAGACGUGCUAUCCAGGAUGUCACCCUCUCAGACGGUACCUUCAUCCCGAAUGGCACAAAACUCGAGUUUCCCACGUUCGCUAUCCACCGUGAUAGUGAGUUCUUCGAUAACGCUCCUGAUUUCGACGGUUUCAGAUUCUUGAAGCUACGUCAAGAAGAUGACAAAGAAGGCGGAAAGCAUCACUACGUCAGUGCUCGCAGGGAUAUGUUGGGCUGGGGUUUAGGAAAGACGGCAUGUCCUGGGCGGUUCUUAGCCGAUGUCGAGAUCAAGCUGAUUGUCGCAUUCAUCCUGAUGAACUACGAUAUCAAGAACCCGGACGGCCAAGGCAGACAUGCGCAUGUUCAUUUCGAGAACCAGGUAUGAAGUCUCAUUAGAUAUUCAAAAUCAAAUCGGCAAUGACUGACAAUCAAGCAGGUUUUCCCUGAUCCCGUCAACCCAGUACUGAUGAAGAAGAUUUUGUGCGAAGACAUUGACGAAAAUGGCCAUGUGAGACAGUAGAACAGGGGGGGGCUGCACGUGAAAAUCGCCAGAGCAGCACUCAAGGAUUCACAUUUCUCGACAUGGGAUAUUCUUUUCCUUUCGUAAAGUGUAAAGUCAGAAAUUGGCAGAC